CGCCUGUGGAGAAUAAGGGCAGGGAAACAGAACCGGAAUGGGACAACUCUUAUUUCGGUCCAGUUCGGCAUAAAAAUAACCUAAAAUGGAUUUUAAUCUUGACGGAGAGUUAUUAGCGAGUUCUUAAUGGGCUUUGGUGCUUUUAAUUAGCUACUAAAAGGGAUUGAGAAAGUUUACACGGAAAGGAACUUAAGGAACACACAGCCGGGCGGUCAUGGAAGAUUUCGGUUCGGCGCUGGAGAAGAACGUGGCGGAUCUGACCGUCAUGGACGUGUAUGACAUCGCCGCAGUGGUGGGCCAGGAGUUCGAGCGCAUUAUCGAUCAGUACGGAUGCGAGGCUCUGUCCCGGCUCAUGCCCAAAGUGGUCCGGGUGCUGGAGAUACUAGAGGUUAUGGUGAGUCGGAACAGCAUCAGUCCCGAGACCGAAGAGCUCCGACUGGAACUGGACCGGCUCCGACUCGAGCGGAUGGACCGAUUGGAGAAGGAGAGGAAACAUAAAAAGGAGCUGGAGUUGGUGGAGGAUGUGUGGAGAGGUGAAGCUCAGGAUUUGUUGUCUCAGAUUGCUCAGCUGCAGGAGGAAAAUAAGACGCUGCUUAACAACCUGUCCAUCAAAGAGUGUCCGAUGACAGAAGAGGACAUACAGAAACAGGAAGGUAUGACCGAGAGGGAACGGCAGGUGAUGAAGAAGCUAAAAGAAGUUGUUGAUAAACAGAGGGACGAGAUUCGUGCCAAAGACCGAGAGCUGACACUAAAAAAUGAGGACAUUGAAGCACUCCAGCAGCAGUUGAACAGGCUGAUGAAGAUCAACCACGACCUGCGGCAUAAAAUCACGGUCGUGGAGGCCCAGGGAAAAGCUUUGAUCGAGCAGAAGGUGGAGCUGGAGGCGUUUGGCCAGGCACGACAACAGGAACUGGGUAACCUGCAAAAGGAAGUGUCUCGUCUUAAAGUGCGUCUUAAAGAGCAGAGUAAGACCAGUGCUGAGACAGAGGAACCUGUAGGACCGCCGUCACCUGCACAGUCGACUAAACCGCCUCCAGCUUGGGGUCAGGAUUUAGCUUCUGAGCUUCUUGUGAGGGGCAUGGAAAUAGAGGAAGGGCCACUUCAUCUCAUCCGCAGCAUAGGGAGCCAUGAAGCCUCUACGGACGAGAGUGAGGAUGACAAGGACGAUGAAGAGGCUGUAUUUUUAUGGGAGGCACUGUGUGAUGAGGAAAUGUCCGCUCUAGAUCAAAAAGACCCGAAUCGCCCGCGAUUCACCCUGCAAGAACUGCGCGAUGUCCUGCAUGAGAGGAAUGAACUGAAAGCAAAAGUAUUCAUGCUGCAAGAGGAAAUUGCGUAUUAUAAAAGUGAAGAACAGGAGGAGGAAACAGGCCCGCCCAUGCCCGACCCAUCGCCCACUCUCAGACCAAGCUCUCGCUCCAACUUUCAGCCUGAGUCAGGCAUAAAACGAUUGUUUAGCUUCUUUUCCCGGGACAAAAACCGAGGCUCGCAGAGGAGUGUGGCGCAGAUGGGUGAAGGCUUUGGUUCAUGGGCGGGGAAAGAUGAAGUGUACACAGAGCAAGCCCAGGAGGCAUUACAACACAUGUAAUGAACACAAACGCUCCACUAAUCGGUAACCCGCACCAUGUGACCAUAGGCUACGAUUACGCUCCCUUUCAUGGUCACCUUUCACAGCACAACAGCUGCAAGCAGACGAAACAUGCACUCACAAAGGGAACAAAGAGGAUGGGGCAUUUUAGAGUUACUGAUAGAUCUUGCCCCUCUCUCACCCAAAGAUACUGUGAGGGAGUUUUUAUGUGCCUAUUUUGUCAAAAAGUUAGACAUUUUAUUGGUUUUGCGAAUUACAAGUUACUGUAAGUAGAGAAUGCUGAAAAGUAGAUUUCAGACAAUUUUGUGAUGAGCUUUUAAAGACGAGAUGCCUUCCAUAGAUAAGACAAAUAUCUAUUUUUAAUUCAAAUUGAAUUAUGAAUGAGACAAUGCCUAGUAUCCAUGAAUAUGCAUGUGACUGGAGAAACAACAAGUCAGUAAGAUGUUAACUAUGCCCAAGCCAGAGAUGAAAUAUAAUGUUGAAACAUACGUAGAACUUUGGAUUUGCACUAUAGGAUAAUUAAGCUCACUGAAGUCACGUCCGAACUAAUCUGUUUUCGUCUGAAAAUUCUGUUUUAAAGUAAUAUAUUUCGGUAUCAAUAAAAGUAUAUCUCAAUGGACAGCAUUUGUGGCAAUAAUUUAUUUGGACUCUCCCUCCUUUUCUUUAAAACACUGAAGCACUUCCAUUGUAAGUGCCUCGCUGUAACCUCGAUUUUUGCUUUUUUUUUAAAGGAGCGACGAGUCUAAAAUGUUUUUUUUUUUUUUUUUGUGGUAAUCAACAUUAUGUCACAAAUGCUGUUGAUUGAGCUUAACUUGUAUUGAACCUGGAAUAUUCCUUUAAAGCACUUAUAUUAAUUCCACCAUAUAAAAAUCUGUGUUAUUUGAGCUCUAAAGUUCGUCCCUUUUAGAGGUGGGACUACUUUUCUUGGCGGAUGAAUGUCUGGUUAUGCAUUACCAACUUAAUUCCUAUGGCUAGACUUUCCUUCAUGGAAACAGUCCCAUGACAGGAGUUGGAAAAUUGUAUAUAACUUUUCACAGACAAUGAAAGUAAAUUAUUUGAUCACACUAGUCUCAUCUAGCAGAAUGUUAAAGUCUUAUGGCUAUAUUUUUUAAACAUGUAUUUAAAAGGAAUAUUCAGGGUUCAAUACAAGUUAAACUCACUUUAAAGCAUUUGUGGUAUUAUGUUGAUUUCCACAAAAAGUAAUUUCGACUUGUCCGUCCUUUUAUUUCAAAAAGCAAAAAUCAACGUUACAGUGAGGCACUUACAAUGGAAGUGAAUGGGGCCAAUUUUUGGAGGCUUUAAAGGCAGAAAUGUGAAGCUUAUAAUUUUAUAAAAGCACUUACUUUAAUUCUUCUGUUAAAACUCAUGCAUUAUUUGAGCUGUAAGUUUGUUUAAAUUGUCAUUUUAGGGUUUACAGCAUUAAAGAAGUUUAAGAAAAGGUUAGUAUGCGAUUUUAACACUAAAAUCAUGUUAACACGCAUGUCUUGUGGCUAUAUUUUUGAAACAGUGUGUAUAUUGUGACUCAGCCAGUUCUCCUAAGCAACCAGACUGGCCCGGUUACUAAUGAGGGUAGAGUCACAUGGGGUAACCUCCUCGUGGUCGCUAUAAUGUGGUUUGCUCUCGGUUGGGCGUGUGGUGAGUUGUGCGUGGAUGCCGCGGGGGACACCACCACAAGGACUUGGGAAUUGGGCAUUCCAAAUUGGGGAGGAGAAAAAUUUUUUUUUUUAAAUUUAAAUAAAAAAAUAAAAAAUAAAGAAACAGUGAGUAUUUUAAUGUUUACGGAUUGGCCCCAUUGACUCCCAUUGUAAGUGCCUCACUGGAACCCAGAUUUUUGCCUUUUUUAAAGAAAAGGAAGGACGAGUCGAAAUAAAUUUUUGUGGUAAUCAACAUGUCACAAAUGCUGUUGAUUGAGUUGAACCCGUAAUAUUCCUUUAAAAUGUAUCCUGGUGCAAUGCAUUGCUCCAUUGACCUCCACUGUAAGUGCAUUGCUGUCAAAAAGUUGAAAAAAACUGAUGAACGCAUCCAAAUUAUGGUUUGCUGUCCGGGGGGGGGGGUGCUUUAUAUGUAUUAAGUGUUUUUGCAGUGCUUUAAUGCAGAACAAUAUUUUUAAUAAUAAUCCAUUAGUUUACAUCUGGCUAAAGUAUCCGUCACAUAAGCAAAUUUCUUUCACCAGCUGUUUUGCAUUGCUUGAAUGGUGCUUUUACUGGCAAUAAUAGAACUGUUGAGUUAAAGCAUGAAAAUGCUUAACUUUGGUAAAGAGUGUUUAUGAAGGCAGCUUUGUAAGCUGGAUAUUCAUGCCUGUGGGCCUGACUUCAAUUGUUAAACACCACUCAGCUGAAAAAAGAAACUGUAUUAGAGUGAAAAUCACAGUGGUUUCCAGUAACAUUUCACUGUUUAAGGAUAAAAAAAUCCUAACUGGAUCCAAUGUAUCAUUAUGAAGGAUUAUGCAUAACAACUCAUCUCAUUGUGUAUUAAAACAUUUUAUAUCGUGAA